AUGCAAGCAAGAGCUCUGGUCCCAGAUAACGCAGAAACGACGGUGCAAGACAUCGCAGAAAAGGCUUCAACUUGGAAGGAGUGUUCUACAGAUUCUUCUUCUCUGUCCGGCGUCAUCCCGAUGGAGCUCGUGAAUCAGUCUCUGCGACUCGAUGCGUCGCGUGGCUCGACGGUUGAUCUCGACCGUGGCCCAAAGAAAGCAUCUCUAGGAGCAGGAUUAUCAUUAUCGGAUGAGGAAUCCAGGAUUCGCGGUCAACUUGAGCUCGACGUGGAGCGAGAUUUGGAGGAGGAAAUCAAGGAUGGGAUAUAUCGCCUAUCUCUGCAACUCCACCGGCUUUACCAACACAAGAAGGAGAGAGUUUCGAGAGCGUCGCAAUCCGUACAGAGUGCGACGAAAGAUCGACAGCGAGUCGAGGAGAAAUUGGUCUCGGAGGUGAAUAUAAGCAUCAAAAUGGAAGGAGGGACCAAGGUCGAGAUUAGAGAAACCAAGAGAGAGGCCAAGAGAGAUAAACCUCGGCCUUGCAUGGCCUCGGCAAUGCCAAAUUCAAACUGUCAUGCUAAUAAUAGUAAGCACGGAACAAUUGUUCGGAGAGGGAAGAAGUUCGACUGGGCGACAUCUCUUCGAUCGGGAGGAGGCGAGAGCGUCGUCGAUGAGAAAGGACACGCUGAUGAUUCAGGGAAACCGAGGAUACAUCCCCGCGACCGCUGCCUUUCCCGUUCAAACCUCCGAAGCGAGGGUUGCAGAAGCAGCGUCGUCGUCGGGGACUCGGCGAGGCACAAAGUGAAUCGGCGCGUUGAUCACAAGUUGCUCAACAUGGAAAUGGGUUGGAAAAGCUGAUGGAUGGAGCUUUUAGUUUACUCUGGCUGUCUAAAUAAGAGGUGGUUUGUGUUAGGUAAUGCAUGCAUGGAAUAAAUGUUCAACGUUGGUUGCGUACGUUGAAUUGCGAUUUAACCCACCUGAAGAUUGAGAUUAAAGUUUAAGAAUUACGAUGGAAUAAUAAAAUUUUUUAUAUUUAUAACUGUU